UAAGCAGGAAGUAAACAAACACGCAUGGUCCGGAGGAGGCCGGAGUCCAGAGGAGAAGAGAAAAGAAGAGAAGAGAAAGAAAGAAAGAAAGAAAGAAGAAUGAUGGAUAUUUUAAAAGAUUUCCAGCGGUUGUUUUUCUCCAUGAGUCGUCUGACGUCAUUUCCUUGGACUGUUCUGGAGGAAAACCUGCAGAGCAACAGAUCGUCAGAGUUCAUUUCAGAAAUCUUGAAACAGACGUGUCUUCAUCGCCUGUGCAGGGAGUUUCCUCCGUCGGCCCGAUACAGGAGGCGCUUCCUCUCCGAGCUCAUCAGACGGCAGGAGGCUGCAGCCUGUGAUCCUCUGGACGAGCUGUACGAUGCUCUGGCCGAAGUGAUCGGAGCUGAAGAUGCGGGCGACUGCUACAAGAGUUACUUACUGCCCUGCGGCGAAGCCGUCAGCCUGUCGGAGAGCGUCGCUCUGAUCUCGGAGGGAACCACCGGCCUGGUGACCUGGGACGCGGCGCUGCACCUGGCCGAGUGGGCUCUGGACCACCGGCACACCUUCACCGGCAGGACGGUGCUGGAGCUGGGCAGCGGCGUGGGCUUGACGGGCAUCACCAUCUGUCGCUCCUGCAGCCCGAGCAGGUUCGUCUUCAGCGACUGUCACCCCGGCGUCCUGCACAAACUCCGAGCCAACGUGCGGCUGAACGGCCUGGACGAGCGGCAGGCGCCCGCCGUCAGCGUGGAGCACCUGGACUGGACGGCGGCGACCGAGGAGAAGUUACGAGAGAUCGGACCCGACGUCGUCAUCGCCGCGGAUGUGGUGUACGACCCCGACGUGGUGGUGAGUCUGGUGACGCUUCUGUCCAAGAUCCUGAGACGUUCGACCCCCGAGGUCCUCGUCUGCUCCACCGUGAGGAACCCGGAGACGUACGGCGGCUUCAAGCUGCAGCUCGAAAACGCAGGACUCCGACAUCACGUGAUCACGGGCGCCGGCGCCCACGUGUUUCCGUACAACAGACUCUCGACCAUAGAACUGAUCCGACUUCACACAUGAAACAACACAAUAAAGAUUUUAUUUACAAAUGUU